GGCGCAACCGCCCAGGCUGGAGACCGCCGCGGCCAGCGCCGCUCCCUUCAGGCCUUCGGAAGCAGGAGGCGAAGCAGCAGCCCACAAAGCCAUAGUCCCCGCGCUCCGCGACGGCCAUCCCCGGCGCCCCCCCGCUUCCCUUCCUCGCGGCGGGCUUACUCUUCCUCGCCUUCCCCCUUCUCUCUGACCCCCCUCCCCGCCCGCGCCGCUUAUUUUUGAACGUUUCUUCUUCCUCUCUUUUCGCUGCUCUUUGAUCGCCUUCCUCCUGCCCCCCACCCCCUCCCGCCCGGAACCCAUCGGCGGAAGCUGCGGGAGCCUUCUCACAUUCCGGAGAGUCCAGAACCAUGCCCAGAUCCUUCCUGGUGAAAAAGGUCAAACUUGACGAUUUCUCCUCGGCGGACCUCGAGAAUUCCUACAGCAGAUCGCGGACAGACUUCAACUCCCGGAUCCAUGACAAGGGUGGCUACAUCAGCGACUACAUCGCACCGUCGUCGGUGUACGAGGCCGAGGGCGAGAACGGCCUCAAGGUGCCCCCGCCGACGGGCGUCAUCUAUCCCGGGGGUCACGGUGACUCGGACCAGCCCGACAGCCCGCGCUCGGCGUUGGCCGGCGGCUACAUCAACGGCGACGCGGCGGUGAGCGAGGGCUAUGCCGUCGACGCCUUCUUCAUCACCGACGGCCGCUCGCGCCGCAAGGCGGCGGUAGUGGGCGGCGGGGCCGGGGGUGCCGGCUCCCGCCUGGGCCAGCCGCCGCCCGCGGGCGGGCAGCCCCCGCCUCCGCCGCCCCCGCCGCAGCGGCACACGUGCAGCGAGUGCGGCAAGACCUACGCCACCUCGUCCAACCUGAGCCGCCACAAGCAGACCCACCGCAGCCUGGACAGCAAGAUGGCCAAGAAGUGCCCGACCUGCGGCAAGGUGUACGUCUCCAUGCCGGCCAUGGCCAUGCACCUGCUGACGCACGACCUCAAGCACAAGUGCGAGGUGUGCGGGAAGGCCUUCAGCCGGCCCUGGCUGCUGCAGGGCCAUAUGCGCUCCCACACCGGCGAGAAGCCCUUCGGCUGCGCGCACUGCGGCAAGGCCUUCGCCGACCGCUCGAACCUGCGCGCCCACAUGCAGACGCACUCGGCCUUCAAGCACUUCCGCUGCAAGCGCUGCAGCAAGACCUUCGCCCUGAAGUCCUACCUGAACAAGCACUACGAGUCGGCCUGCUUCAAGGGUGCCGCCCCGCCGCCGCUCAGCCCGCUGGAGGCCUGACGCGCCCGCCCCGAGCACAGCGCCGGCGCCCGACCCGCGGCGCCCCCUCCUCAGGCUCCCCCGCCCCGCCCCGCCCCGCCCCGCCCCGCCCCGCGAGGAUCCAGGAAAGCGGGCGGAGGCGAGGGGCGGGGCGAAACGCCCAGCGCCUCACCUGGACAGGUAACCCCCAGCCGCAGCCUCCCGGCCGCGCUCGUCCCCCUUCCUUUGCUGCUCCCGCGGAACGACGGACCGACGCCUCCGCCCUUUCGGAGCCCCGUCCCGCGAACUACCGUCUUCAGUCCGCUCUGCUCUGCGAGGCGUCGGUCGGUUUCGUUCCACGAAGCGCUGAAUUUCUAUUUUCCUAAAUGUUUAUAUUAUUUUGAUUUCACUGUUUUAAAAGAAAAACAAGGACAAGAAAAGGUAGAGGGAAACGACGCGGACUGCUUUGUAAAUACCGUUUGGAAAUUUACAUGAAUUUUUACAAGCUGUUAAAGAAUUCUGAGCCUGUUUGUGGAAAAAGCAAAAACAAAAAUCUUUUCCCGGGGAGAAAAGACAGAAUAUCCGAACGGAGAAGAAUGACGAGGAUGCGAGAGAGGAUGUGUGAGCCAGAAGAUGAGCGUUGGACUAGUAAAGCACAAUUCGCACACCGUGUCCUGCAGCACUUCACAAUAAUAAGAAUCCUAAUAAAAGAGAGAAGAUACUCUUGUAGUACAA